AUGAGAUUAUCAACAGGAUUUAUUACAGCCGCAUAUGGAGCGAAGGUUCUUGCUGCAGAUGCCACGGACUAUUUAGGUAAAUUGACAGAUUUAUAUGAGAGUUAUGAUGCAGGUGCUGCUAAGUCUAUAGCUGACCUCUAUCAAACUGACAAUUCAUUCUUGCAACAAUAUCAGACGAUUGCAGAAGACCUUACUAAUAAACCAUGGUAUUCUGACCUUGCCCAAGUCACUGAUGCGGCUGAAGCUUCUAAAAUCACUGGUGAGCUGUGGUUUACCUCAUAUGAAAAUUGGGCAAGCUCCGUAGCUGGUGCUGGAGGAUUUUACAAUGGUGGUUCAGGUCUGGGUGGGUCCGCAGAUAGUCAAGAAUCUAGCUCUGGUUUCAAGUCAGGUUCCAGUUCGCGUAGCAAGUCCUCUAGUUCUGGUGGCUCCGGUAGUAAAUCUUCUGGCUCUGGUGGCUCCGGUAGUAAAUCUUCUGGCUCUGGUGGCUCCGGUAGUAAAUCUUCUGGCUCUGGGAGUUCUCGUAGUGAAUCUUCUGGCUCUGGAGGUUCUGGUAGUGAAUCUUCCGGUUCUGGUUCUGGCUCGAGUUCAUCGUCUGAUUCUGGCUCUGGUUCUGGUUCCAGUUCAUCUGCUGGUUCUGAUGCCAACAUCUUUUACGCGCCGUUUGGUGCUACAUUAGGCGCUUUAAUCCUUGCUUUGAUAUAG